GGUUGUUGAUGCUGCAUCAUAGGCUGACAUUGAGCUGAGCUGAGCAGUUCGUGAAAUGCAUCAUGGCAGCUACGUCAUGUCUCGAUCCAGACCUGGUGCGAGAGGUGCUGGAGUGCCCCAUCUGCCUGGAAACCUACAAUCAGGACCAGCUCCGUCCCAAACUGCUCCAGUGUGGCCACUCUGUGUGCCGGCAAUGCCUGGAGAAGCUCCUGGCGAGCACCAUUAAUGGCGUGCGGUGCCCGUUUUGCAGUAAGGUCUCCCGCAUGAGCAGCAUCUCGCAGCUGGCUGACAAUCUCACGGUGCUGAAGAUCAUCGACUGUGCGAGCUCAUGCGGCUCGACGGCCUGCCUGAUGUGCACGUCCUGCAAGAACCGGCUUCCGCGUCAGUACUGCUGCGACUGCUCCGUGGUGCUCUGCGAUGCCUGCAAGGUGGAAGGUCACCAGCAUCAAGGGCACACCGUGCAGACCAUCCGCGCCACCGCCGAACAGCGCCGGAAAGACCUCGGUGGAAAGUUGGUGAAUCUUCGAGAUUCCAUGGCUAAUAUUCAGAAGAAGAAAGCGGCUAUUGAUGGCAUUUCCAAAUCCUUACGUCUGAAGUACAAAGCGGUGCAGCAGGAGUACGCGAGGGCUGAGCUGCAGCUGCAGGAAGAGCUCGGGCGGUCGCGUAGAGCCUUCGCGGCAUCCCUGGCAGAGGUCGAGAAGCUCAAUUCUCAGAUCCUAGAAGAGCAAACGUACCUUCUGAACAUCGCCGAGGUACAGGUUGUGUCUCGGUGUGACUACUUGACCAUGAGGAUUAAGCAAACAGACACCGCUCUACUAGAAGAAUCGGGUGGUAACGACGAAGAAGAGCUGGAUGUUAAAAGCAGUCUGCCCGUACUCCUAAAGCUGCAAGAACCCGAGCUGGUCAAAACAGAGAACCCGCAGUCGUUAGAUGUGGGGCAGUUGACGACUAAGCAGUGUACCAUUAACACGGAUGAAGAAGAUGGCCAAGAGUUAGCCGCCGCCGCCGCUGCUGCCGCUGCCGCUGCUGCCGUCACGGCCACCACCGCCCCUGUAGAUAUGUAUCGUGAUGUCGAUAUGACGAGCACCGUAGAGGAAGCGGUGUGCGCCUCACCAGGUAGCUUCAAAUCCAAAUCCGUGGAUGAGGGCGGACGUGUGACAGAGGGAGCAUCCGGAGGUCAGUUAUGUCAGUUUGUAAAGAAGAUGGGGUGCAAAGGGAACCUCCCGGGUAUGUUUAACCUGCCAGUGAGCAUCUGCGUAACUCCACACGGCGAUGUUCUGGUGGCAGACCGCGGCAACUAUCGUAUUCAGAUCUUCAACCGUAAGGGCUUCCAGCGCGAGAUCCGCCGCAACCCGAGCAGCAUCGACAACUUCGUCUUGAGCUUCCUAGGCGCCGACCUUCCCAAUCUCAUCCCUCUGUCCAUCGCCAUCACCGCUCAGGGACUCAUCGGCGUCACGGAUAACUACGACAACUCCGUCAAGGUUUACACGACAGACGGGCACUGCAUCGCGUGCCACAAGAACCAGCUGAUCAAGCCAUGGGGGAUAGCUGCCAUGCCUUCUGGGCAGUUUGUCGUGUCUGAUGUUGAAGGAGGCAAGCUCUGGUGCUUGGCGGUGGAUCGAAACGUCGGAGUGGUGAACUACAACAGGUUGUGCUCAGCCGUCAGGCCUAAGUUCGUGACUUGUGACUCUUCGGGGACGGUCUACUUCACGCAAGGGUUAGGCCUGAACAUCGAGAACAGGCAUAACGAGCACCACCUGGAAGGAGGGUUCUCCAUCGGGUCGGUCGGCACGGACGGCCAGCUCGGGAAACAGCUCAGCCACUUCUUCUCCGAAACCGAGGAUUUCCGAUGCAUCACGGGAAUGUGCGUGGACGCCAACGGGGACCUGCUGGUGACGGACAGCGGCCGAAAGGAAAUCCUGCAGUUCCCCAAAGAAGGUGGUUAUAACAUUCUGAUUCAGGAGGGACUGACGUGUCCCGUCGGAGUUGCCGUGACACACAAAGGACAGCUUCUGGUUUUAGAUUGCUGGGACCACUGUGUCAAGGUGUACACCUAUUUACAGAGGCGGCGCUCGUCGACUUGUUAAGACCGCACAGCUUUAUUUGACUUGUCACUUUAACUCGAGGGCUGUGUUAUCCCUGAGAUUUCAUUGGUAGGGUUGGAAGAAGUGCAGACAGUCGAUUAAACAGUCUUUCACCACUACCCCGCUUUUACCAUUGUGGCUGCUUUUGUUUUGUUUUUGUUUUUUCCCUACGGAAAUACGGCACAACAGACAGCAAUAAAUUGACCGGUGUUGUCUUUUGAGUGGCUGUGUUUGUGAAAUCAAUAAUGUGUACCAAAGUUUUGACACCCUGUGCUGUGUUAACAUCAAGAGGAUCAAGGGGACUGUCAGGUUAAAGGUCAAGCGCUGAGCAGAGUGGAAAUAUUUUAUCUGGAUGCAUAAAGUGAACAUGUUUCUCCACCAAAUGAACGAUUCCUGCUUGUGUCUUUUUCCAUCGACCGAUAGUUCUUCAGUGUCAAAGUGCCCUCUCGUAUCAUCGAACACGUGAAGUAGCGUCAUCUCGCAGUGUAGAAUAUCGGAAUACAGUGUAACUACGUCCGUUAAUCUUGGUAUAAAACGAUCACGAUGAUGCAAUUAAUGACCUCAUCGCCGUAGGUGUUUUUGUACCUGUAUUACAAGUUUGUUGUAGUUACCAAAGGACUCCAAGAUCAGGAUUUCUUUAAGCAUGUGAUCACCGCAAUAGCUUGUAAAUUCACCACGGAAAAAGUAGACCUGCCAAACUUUAGGAAUUUUGCGUAGACGCUCUACAAUUAAACAUUGGCGUACAUUAUAGCAGUUGAUUGGCAGACGAGCCAAUCAACAUACGAAUCUGGAAUUGCGUAGACGUUUCAGACUCUUUGAUAUUAACCAACACCCCUUCUGGAAGCCCCGCCCCCUUCCUCCAUUUCAUUUCGUUAAAGUUGCCACACGUGUAAAAGUUUACAUGCGCACGUUCUUCCUUACGAUUCUGAAAACGAUGUUCCACGUAGCAAUUAAUAAAAGAGCGCGCACGUUAACAACCCUGACCCUUCCUCAACAAGACUACGCAUUGUUCCUCGCCGGGUUUGGCAGGUCUGGAAAAACGAAAGCAGGACAAUAUAAACCGCCGUAUACAAUCCUGAAGCAUUCAAGUGUCCUUGUUUUGACGUACGACUUGUUUACGAGCUGGAAUUUAUUACGAAUCGAGUCUUAAUCGUAAACCAAAUGAAGAAAUGAUAGGUAAUUAUAUGCACUUGCUAGAUCAUUCUGUACUGUAUGAUUCUAUCACUAUGGGACACCUCACAUGACUACGUAGCCGUGCGUCAGACGUCGGUCUGGGGUGAGUUCGAUCGUUCAGUUUCAGUUUUAAAAGUUCUGCUGCGUGACUCGUUUGAAGUUUGGCAUGUCCAGAUAAACAUGUUUAACAGCAUAAACGAGUCUUAUUAUAAUUUGUUAUGAAAUUGUUUGACCUCCUGGGUUGGGAGUUUCCUCGAUUCCUGCCACCGCCCUGUGUGCCGUGUGUUUCAGGGGUUUCGUCCGGGUACUCCGGUUUCCUCCCCCAGUCUAAAGACGUGCGUUGUAGGCUAAUCGGCAUUUCAGUUCACAAUUGUCCUUAGUGUGCGAAUGGGUGUGUAAAUAUGUGUGAUAUGAUGUUGAUAUGGAAAAAAUGGGUGGAUGACAAGAUACCAUGUUGGCGACACAUCAAAAUGGGGGACAUGCCGACUUUAAGUCGAGUCACGUUCAAGAGCAGCGUUUGGUCUACAACGAGCAAAUUGACUUCAAAUGUCCAACACCGUUAAGUUACCGUCUGGCCCAUAGCUUUAAUUAAAAAAAAUUCUUAUUAAAAAACAGGGUGCUGUAACCACACAUCUCAGUCCUUGACACUACAACAUACCAGUGUGUUAUUGCGUAGACGUUGUGAAGUAAAUUUCUCCGAUUCUUUGUUUGUAUUUGUUCAUGAUCACUUGUGUGCAAUAAAUUCAAUAAUAAAUUUG